AUGGGAGUGAAAUCAGUGCUCGGUGACCUGCAAAUCGUUGUUGAAAGACACUCAGAUGUACUUCGUAACAAUGCAUUGCCUUUUCGAUUUCUUGUUGUGCUACGAAUCAUUGGCUUUAUCGUCUCCUAUCUUCACUUUGCCCGCUCACUAUUAUGGCUUCAUCCCUACCAACUUGCUUCAAUCGAGCUCUGGCGUAUUGCAACAAGCGCCUUUUGUGGACACAACCUAAUUGAUGUUCUAUGGUCAGUAUGGUGUCUUCAUUUUGGAACAAAUCUUGUCCGCCUUAACAACACAAACGAAUCUCUUCUGAAACUUUAUGCCAUCACACAGGGCAUCACCACUCUUGUAAUAGUUGUUUUCGCAUAUCUCACCUACAUCUUUUUCGAUUCGAUCAAAUUCUUUUAUAUUGAGCCACUUGUGGGAAUGACUCCUGUGUGUGCUGCAGUUAUGGUUUUGAUGAAGCAGUUUCUGCCUGACACGAUUGUCCUUGCCACUCCGUUCGGAAGGAUCAAGUAUACACAUCUGCCAUUCUUGGUCAUUUAUGUUUCAUUCAUUUUAGCUCUCACCAAAUUCAUUUACUUCGUAUCCUUCCUUCAAAUUGCAAUUGGUGUUCAAGUAUCAUGGACAUAUCUUCGAUUCUACAAACCCCACGAAACCGAUGAGAUUUAUGGAGAUGGAAGCGAACAUUUCACAUGGGCCAGUCUUUUCCCUUCUAGAACCCAAUUGUUCUUCACACUUAUUGGCAAAGUUUGCUUCCGUUCUUUAGCCCGUAUGGGUGUUUGCAAACGACAAGUACGCCAUGUCGAUCUGAAUUCUCUGCAAUCAGUGGCCGUUGGAAUAAAUUUGCCAGCUUUAGAGAAUUCAGCCAAGGACUCUGAACGAAGAAGACAAAAGGCACUUAAAGAAUUGAAUGAACGUUUGAACAAGACUCGAACGGCAGAAGUGGCCAAUUAUGGAAAUUGGGAUGAUGAUGAAAACGAUGAACCGAGUAGUGUUGCUGUCGUGUCACCUCCUGCGUCUAAUGUACAUUCUUCUUCUCGUCCAAAUACCGAAAACGAAAAAGAGUCUAUGGCUUAG